AAGUAUUUCCUAACCUACAGAAACAAAACAGACAUUGACAAUCAAAUGUCGACAUUGAAUAAAGUUCGUCUUACUUUUACAAAAUCUUUAAAAUUAAUGCGCUUCAUCGUUACUGGCAUACAAAAUGUUCGUGUUUGUCACAACGACAGUAAAGACAAUGGAAGUAAUAUAGAUAAAGAUGGCCAUGGACAGUCUCAAUCUGAAAAUGAUGAAAGUACAUCAAACCAGAAUUCAUCAGAAACAUAUUCAGACGAAGGACUGGAUGAUUCCAUGAUUCAUGAUCGAAUUUUGUCUGCUUCAUUGCAAUUUGUACCAAAGUAUGGUUGGACUGAAGAAGCUAUUGCCGAAGGAGCAAGGAUAGAAGGACUAUCUGCAAUGGCUACAGGAUUAUUUCCUAGACAAGGAGGGGACCUUGUCUUACAUUUUAUCAAUAAAUGCAAUAUAGACCUUGGGCAUUAUUUAGCAGAGAAUAGCCGGACUGAAGAGGAAAACAGAAAGAUAUUUGAUCAGAGUGAGUUUAUAAGAAAAGCAAUUGAAGUAAGACUUAGAAUGAUGAUUCCUUAUGUUGACUCAUGGCCACAGGCAAUGGGUUUAUUGGCUUAUCCAUCCAAUGCUGUUGAUGCCAUUCAAAGUGUAGCAAACAUGACAGAUGAUAUAUGGUACCAUUCCAAUGAUACUUCUACUGACUUGAACUGGUAUACAAAACGAGCAUCCCUAGCCACCAUUUAUGGGGCAACAGAGUUGUACAUGUUGCAAGAUAAAUCAGAUGAAUUUGAGAACACUUGGAGCUUUCUUGAUCGCCGAUUUGCAAAUAUACGAAACACUGGUAAUUUUUUGCAAAGUUUGAGCCAAGCAAGAGAAGAUACUUUUACCCUAUCCUGUGCCGCCUUUAAUCUGGCAAGAAAUAUCUCUGGAUUUAAUCGGUGGAAUAGAUAAAAUGGCUUUGUCUGCAAUCGGAUUCCUCAGUAUUUUUUGGCAGAAAUUGAAAAAGGAAUCAAUAUUUGGAUAUAUUUACAUGUAAUUUAUGAAUAUGGAGAUGGUUACAACUGA